GUUGUUCAUUUGUUUCUUGCAUUUUAUUCGAAGGGACUGGAUUUUGUAUUCACGGAUUAGUACGAGCCAAGCAAUUCUUCGUUUAAAAUCCUACAGGACGAAUUAAUUACUGCCGAUUAAAAGUUGUGCCUAAUCCUCCGAAGUGUGCGGAUUUGAAGAUGGAUGUUUUGGGCAUCAAAGGGAGUUGGAUCGAAGACUGAAACACCGGCUGGAAGUGAUCUGAAGCAACAAAUUUUCGUUCCUCCAUUGUUUUCGCGUACUCUUUAACUUAAUUUGUUAAAGCACAAUGUCAACUUGAUCGUCGUUUAGACGUGCUCAACGAGGAUCGGAAAAAUGUCGGUCGAGGUGAGAGCCGGACGUCCCACAGUGCCAUCGGCCCCUCAGUCGAAGAGACCCACCAUCCUGGUGUAUCCAACGGUUUCCCCGGAGAGCAUUAUAGUGCCUAUUGUUUCCUGUAUACUUGGAUUCCCUCUACUCGCUCUUCUGGUCAUCUGCUGCCUGAGGAGGCGUGCGAAACUAGCGAGAGAACGAGCCAGGAGGAGAAACUGUGACAUGGACCACGGAGCGCUGAGUCUUGUCAGGUUCAGCCCCAUCCAUCGACUCGCUGGAGUCGGGAGAACCAACAGGGCUGUAUCUCUGAGGAGCGAAAGGGGCUCCCGAGCAUUUCCAUCCCUCGAACUGGACACAGUCGUCGAGGAGCGAUCGGACCCCGAACAAAGUACGGCCCUGGAAUUGAGUAGCCCUGACUAGCAUACGGCUCUUGCGGCACCGCCAAGGUGGGACCAUUAAAAACCAAAUCGCCGAGGGGAUCGACGGUUCUGGUCGUGCCGCCCCCAGUGGAUCGCAGCCCCCUUUGGACGGCCCUGACACACGCGAACAGCGUGACAACGGUGCUGGGAGACACCUAGCAGGAAAUUGAAGACAGCGGUUUUGUCGAAGCGCUGGUUCUUGAGCUGCCGAUUAUUUACUGACGACGGAGUCUCAACGACGUCGACAUCGACUCCACCGCUGUCUUCGAACCUUCGAAUAACCUGCGCCAAGAUGAAGUUGACGUUCACCGACGUUACAGUGAACAUUUCACCUCGU